CUUGCGACAAGUGAGAGGAAGUCCUGAUGAAUUCUGAGAAUACGGCAGACGGGCAGCGAGCGGCGGGCCUGAGCGGUGGCGGUGGGGAGGAAGAAGAACAUGAUGUUCAUAAAUGUGGCCGAUGUCAGGCAGAAUUUUGCAGCUUGGAGGGGUUCAUUACUCACAAAUUGCAGAAAGUAUGCCAGCGGAACCAGGCUCCAUCCACAGGUUGUCCUAAGCAUCUCCAUCUCAACCAAACAGCUUUUGAGGUAGAGUCUGUGCCCUUGGACUCGGCAAUCACUCUCACACAGUUGGUUGUGGCUUCCCUUGCACAAACUGAAGCAAACAGCAAAUCACAUUCAGAUGCUGGGGCCAACAAGGCAUGUCAGAUCUCAGAGGAACAAUUUUGUGAAUACUCUCAACUGCAACAGACAGAACAGCUUACCAGUGAAGUGACUGAUGGUCAGAACUGCCAGAAGAACCUGGAAGAGGGUGGGGCUGAAAAGAAGAGAUAUGAAAUGGUUCUGACUGACGAGGGACGCUUCAUGUGUCAAGUCUGUGAAAAGACCUUUAAAACGGCUGUCAUCUUAAAGGCACACAUGGUUACCCAUAGUGACAAGAAGCCUUUCAAAUGCAAGAUAUGUGGAAUGGCUUUCAGAACCAAGGGAUCUUUAGUUAGACACAACCGACGUCACACAGAUGAACGUCCAUAUAAGUGCCGGAUGUGUGGGAUGAGUUUUCGGGAAUCUGGAGCUCUCACUCGCCACCUGAAGGCCAUCACUCCUUGUACAGAGAAAGUAAAGUUCCAACAGAUGAAAUUAAUUUCAACAACCAACCAAGAUGAAUCAGUGAAUAAACCUGAAACUCAGGAAGAAAGAAUGUGCUGCCCUUCAACAGUAAAUAAGCAAAUUGAAGAGUUGGUUUCUGCAGCAGCACCAGAGUCUCCGGAAACAACAGCAGUGAUCAGUGUGCUUACGAAUUCUGAAGGAAGCAUCGAGGAAGUGCAAGUUCAUAAUGUGAGCCAGGCUCUGGAUUCUGAAGCUGCACAGAAACCACAGUCACCUGCUUCCAAGGAGCAGGCUCCAGAGGAGACUUCCAAUGAGAAUCUGAUCUGUCAGGCCAUGAGGAAUUCUGGGAUUGUCAUAGAAACUAUUACCAUUGGAGAUUCCGAGAAAUCCACAGGAACACCUCCAUUGACUGCUGAGGGCGACACAGAAGAGGAUUUCGUGGAAGACUGUGUUGUGAUGGAGGAAGAUGAUACGGCAGACUUUAAAAGUGAUAGCAAUUGCAAACAGUUCAAGUGCCCUCACUGCAGUCGGGUGUUCCGCGGAUCUAGCUAUUUGCGCCUGCACAUUAAAGCCCAUUUAGGGUACAAGCCCCACAGGUGUGAGCUGUGUGAGAAGGAAUUUAUGACGGCAUACAUUCUGAAGAAGCACCUGGAAUCACAUUACAACGAGAGGCGCUUCAAGUGCGGGGAGUGUGGCAAGCUUUAUAAGAGCAUUGCCCAUGUGAAGGAGCACAUGAGGGCACAUUCAGAUGACCGGCCGUACCCAUGUCCAAUAUGUGGAAAAAAAUACAAGACCAAGAAUGCACAGCAAGUUCACCUGAGGACACACUCUGAGAACAAGCCAUUUGCAUGUGACUAUUGUACCCGGGCAUUCCGAGAAAAGGGCUCCCUCAUCCGACAUGUGCGCCUGCACACUGGAGAGAAGCCAUUCACAUGCUGUAGAUGUGGGCGAGGCUUUGCAGAGCAUGGUACUCUCAAUCGACACCUACGAGCCAAAGGUGGUUGUCACAUUGGAUGUAAAGCACUGGAUCAGGUAGAGGUAUCACCUGGUGGCCAGACUGCUGAUAGCGUUACCACGGCAAUCAUCAGUGAUGAUCCUCAUGCAGUGCUGGUGGAGUUUUCCUCAAUGGUGGCCAACACACAAGAAUAUAUUGUUAAGCAGGCUCCUGCUGAAGAGACAGAAGACAGUCAGGCAGGCUCCCUAAGCCAAGGCUCGAAGGUUGACAGCCAGAUCAUGAAAGUUGUACAACAAAUUGUAAACCAGACUAGCACCGGCCAUCAGAUUAUUGUCCAGAAUGUUUCCAUGGAAGAGAACACUGAGCAAGGCACAGAUACAAUUACCAUCGCAACACCUGACAGUCUCACUGAGCAGGUUGCAAUGACAUUGGCUUCCAGCAUAGGGGAAGGAGCGGUUCUGGCAACAGAAGGCAGCCUGGAGACCCGGCCGGACACUGUUACUGUGGUGACGGCUGAUGAUAUCGAGAUGCUGGAACAUGCAGAUGAAUAUGUGAUAACUACUCAAGAUGGAGAGGUGGAAAUACAGACAGUGGUGGUGGGCGAAUAAUGGGACUCCUGCCGAG